GUACUAGAACUAGGCUACUCAUACUUCUGGAAAGAUUGAACAGAAUAGGACGAAACUUAUUCACUAACAAUAGUUGAAAAUCAGCGGAUGUCUUUCUUACAGAAGAAUAAAGUUGCCGUUACGGUUACUGCCCUUCUCGGUGUAGGUACCCUAGCCGGGAUUGUCUAUUAUAUGAAAUAUUCUGGGGCUUCGAAGGACACAUCAUCAGGCUCAUCAGAUGCUUCCAAGAAGAAGAGAAAGAACAAGAAGAAGAAGGGGAAGUCUGGCUCUUCCUCUGGGCAAACCACCUCAUCUUCGUCCUCAGCACCUAUCGCUGUUCCUGAGGAAGAUCCUGAAAAAUCCGUUUAUCCAGUUAAUCCAGAGUCUAAACUUCCUGAAGUUACAGCUGAAGAGGUAUCCAAGCUAUCGGCUGGUGAGAAGGAUAAGUGGGCCAUUGCAUUGAAGGAGAAAGGUAACGAAUACUUCAAGGCAAAACAAUACGAGAAAGCCAUUAUUUACUAUACCAAUGCAUUGACCUGUAAGAAGGACCACAUUUUCUAUGGUAACAGAAGUGCAUGCUAUUCCGCCUUGAAGCAAUUUGAUAAGACAAUCGAAGACACAACUGCUGCGCUAGAAAUAAAACCUGAUUACUCCAAAUGUUUAUUAAGAAGAGCACUUGCAUAUGAGGAGCUUGGUAGAUAUGAAGAAGCCAUGUUUGAUUUGACUGCCCUUUCCAUCUACGGCCGUCUCACCGAUCAAUCCUGUGAAUCCAUUUUGGAAAGAGUUCUGGUGAAAUUAGCCAACAAAAUGAAUGAAGAAGUUUAUUCUCACUUGCCAAAAGAACUACCAUCCUCUUCCUCCAUCUCAUCAUUCUUAGGUGCUUUUGUCAAGGAAGAUAUUGAUUUAGACUUGUCCAAGUACGAAAAAGAUUCUGGUAUCUAUUUCUUCAUCAGCGCCUUGAUUGAAAUCAACAAGGAUACUGACGAAGGCUAUGAAAAUGCCGACAGCUUGUUGAACCAAUCGAUUCAAAGAUUUGAAAAGGGUUCUUAUGAUGCAAAGGACAAAAAACUGGUUGCAAUCGCUUACGAAUACAUGGGAAUUUUCUCGUUCCUGAAAACUAGUGAUAAUGCUUCCAGCUAUGUCGAAAAGGCGUUAUCAAUCUAUGCUAGACCAAGAAUGUACGUUGUUUUGGCAUUGAUUGCUGCAGACAAAGGUGAUUACUUAUCUGCAGAUGCUGAAUUCACCAAAGCGAUUGAAAUGAACCCUGAAGACCCUAAUAUCUACUACCACUACGGUCAAGUCUACUACUUGAUUGGUGAUCUAACAAAGGCACAAUCAAAUUUUGAAAAGGCUAAAUCGUUGAACCCAAAGAAUGUUUUUGCCCACAUUCAGCUUGCAUGUAUAACCUAUAGACACAAUGAUGUUCAAAAGUGUUUUGAAAUGUUCAACCAAGCCAAGAGUAUAUUCCCAACUGCACCUGAGAUUCCUAACUAUCUGGGUGAAAUCAUGUUUGAUAAGGGUGAUGUUGAAAACGCAACCAAGCAAUUUGACAUCUCUGCCAAGUUGCAAGAAGCCAUGCCAGGUAACAAUAUAGGAGUUUUGCCAUUGAUCAACAAGUCCGUUAUCUUCCAAAAGACCAACGAAUUCGACAAGUGUAUUGAAAUUUUAGAAAAAGCUGUCAAAAUCGAUCCAAAAUCAGAAAUCGCUUGGACCAAUUUGGGUCAAGUCUACCUCCUAACUCAGAAGAUGGAAAAAUCAAUGGAAUGUUUUGAACGUGCAUGUAGAUUGUGCAGAUCUUCCGAAGACAGAAAACAAAGUAUCGCUCUAUUGGAGUCUGCCAAAUGCCAAUUGAAGGUUAAGGAGGAUCCUGUUUUGAGUGAAAAGGUUCGUGAAAUUAUGGCUCAAUAUGGCCAAAGAUAAAUUAGAUAGUUGUGGUUUUCACUUCCCAUAACCGUUGUUGUAAAUAUAAGUCA